CAGGGCGUGUGCGCAGGCGCGGGCUGGCGGCCGCCUCGGGGAGGUCUGGGCCUGAUGGUUGCUAGGGUGACAGAAAUACAAUAUGGCGGCGGGCUCCUAAUGCUCCGAGCGAGGGACCACCGUCGAGGUCCUAGCGGAGGACCCGCCUCAGGGAAGCGGAAGGCAGGGCGCCCCCUUUCUGUCCCUGGCAGGGUCUGCGAGGGGUUGUGCCCACGCCCGUGUCGGGAUGAAGAUGUCGAGCAGGUGAACAGUCUGCGGGAGAUCCAAGCUCUGCGGCGCCUGAACCCGCAUCCGAACAUCCUCACCCUGCACGAGGUGGUCUUUGACAGGAAAUCUGGUUCUCUUGCACUAAUAUGUGAACUUAUGGACAUGAAUAUUUAUGAGCUCAUACGAGACAGGGUAGGCGUCCUCGGUGACCCCAUUUCCUCUCCCCUUGACUGCCCAGGGAGAAGGCGCCCCCUCUCAGAGAAGAAGAUCAUGCGCUACAUGUACCAGCUGUGCAAGGCCCUUGACCACAUGCACAGAAACGGGGUGUUCCACAGAGACGUGAAGCCGGAAAACAUACUCAUAAAGCAGGACGUCCUGAAGCUCGGGGACUUCGGGUCGUGCCGCAGUGUCUACUCCAGGCCGCCGUACACCGAGUACAUCUCCACCCGCUGGUACCGGGCCCCUGAGUGCCUGCUCACCGACGGCUUCUAUACCUCCAAGAUGGACCUGUGGAGCGCAGGCUGCGUCUUCUACGAGAUCGCCAGCCUGCAGCCCCUCUUCCCUGGAGCAAGCGAACUGGACCAGAUCUCAAAAAUCCACGACGUCAUUGGCACACCUGCUCCGAAGACCCUGACCAAGUUCAAGCAGUCGAGAGGUAUGAGUUUUGAUUUUCCUUUUAAAAAGGGAUCAGGAAUUCCUCUCCUGACAGCCAAUUUAUCCCCGAAGUGCCUCUCCCUCCUGCACGCUAUGGUGUCGUAUGACCCGGACGAGCGCAUUGCUGCCCACCAGGCCCUGCAGCACCCCUACUUUGAGGAGCAGAGGGCAGCUGAGAGGCAGGCCCAGGCCAGCCGAAGCCACAUGACCUUCCCGGAGUACCUGAAGCCACUCGGCCACAAGUGGCGGGUCCCAGCGUGCAGCCAGCAGCGUGGACAGCACACUGCAGAGGGCAGAGCAGUGGACCCCGAGCCCCCCCAGGUGAGCCGAGACCCCAGCUCUUCCUCACGAGUCGUGAGUUGGCGUGGACUGCCCGAGGCCAUCCCAGUGCCGCCUGGCCAAGGCCUCUUGUCCUGGGCCCCCGCUGCUGGGCCAGUGACAGCUGUGGACGCAACUGGUGGAACUGUGCUUUAACACGGAGGCAGGAGAUAACUGGAGGGUCACAGGGCACUUCCUGCCAACCUCUGCCCAGCAUCUGUCUUCCUGAAUUACAUAUCUGAGUCAGAAAGCAACGCUCUUGCGAGUGCGUCCCCGGCGUCGCUGACCGCCGAGAUACAAAAGCAUCAGUGUCGGAGCAGUGCAGGAUGUUGCAGCAGCUGAGGACUUCCUGUGCCCGGAACAUUUUCUCUCUCACUGUGUCCUCAAGAGACCAAGUUAGAAACGGAAGCAGCAUCUCCGGGCGAGCGGCACCCAGCCUGGUGCCCGGCCCGGCCCAUGCACACUGCCCGGCCGGCCGGCCGCCCGCCGGCUCCGCGCAGCUCCUGGCUCCGUUGCCGUCGCUCCUGCAGUCCAGGCGCGCCCAGGAGGUGUCUGAGCCGCAGCGGGGUCGCUACACUACAGUGCCGCCCGGAGAACUGUCCUGGCUGGGGGAUGACAAUACGCCCUGCAAACAAAGCAGUUUCCAUUAAUCCAGCAACACCGGGGCAGGACGCCAGUCCCAGGCUGCGGCGGGGGUUUCCAGCGUCCUCCUGUCUGUCCACCCCCGGCCUGGGCCUUACUGCCGCGUGGGGCCGCCUGUGGGCCUCACCUCUGUCAAGGCGCAGGGCCGUGGGGCCGAGGAGCCUGGGUUCCUUGGGACUUCCCUGGGAGGUCAGAGCGCCCCCAGCUCUGCCUACAACCUCCCCGACCACCGCCCUGGGCACUGUCGCCCUGUCUAGUGGCACUUCCAGAGAAGCAUUUCUUGCCAGCGGCUCUUGGUUUCCUGUGGGAGGGGAAGCCCCAGUGCCAGUGGCCUCCAGCAGGCGCACAAAGGGACCGGGUCAGGACGGCGCCGCUGCUGUGGGGGCUUCGGGUGGGUGCGUAGCUGGACCACAAGCGCAACAUGGGCGGCCUGAGUCCUUCGGCCCGAGCGGCGCCAGUCACACUGUCUCAGGACAGCUGUGGGCAGCACUGCAGACGUCCAGCCCCAGACACAGACUGCGGCCCCGAGCGCUGCCGCAGCUCCAGGCGGACACCGCAGGCCUGCACUCAGGGUGACCACUGCAGUGCCCUCUGCCUCGCCUCAGCCUCUCUGGAGAGCUGGGAAGCAGCUGUCCCCUCCGCAUCUACAGGAGUCCGUCAGCUCCCCAAGGCAACAGUGCCUGCUCUGAUUCUGCCCUGCCCACGCAUGGCUGGACGAACGGACGCAGACUGGGCCAGAGCCUCGGGAUCCCAGCAACUCCGCAUGCCUCGAGGCGCCUCAGGAGCUGGGUCGGCCACCGUGGGAAGGUGACACCAGCCAAGAAGUCUGCAGGUUCCUGGUGGCACCGUCACCAACUUAAAAAACAGGAGGAAAUUACUUUAGUUUUUCACUUAGUUGAGGGGCCGGGGAUAUAGCUCAGUGGUACCGCACCUGCCUGGCAAGGGCAAGGUCCUGAGUUCAAUUCCCAGCACCAGAAAAAACAAAAACACCUAGCUGAAUAUAUCUUGAAUUACUCUGGCGCGUAA